AUGUUUAGAAAAAGAGCUAAUGCACAAUCUCUGUUGUUCAUGUUCAUGUUUUUAUUUGUACUACAUUUUAGCUUGUCUCAGGUUGAAGAACUCGAGCUGCUCUUAUCCUUCAAAUCUUCAAUCAAUGAUCCUUCUAGCUUCCUCUCCAACUGGAAUUCCUCCACCCCAUUGUGCAUGUGGCAUGGAAUCACUUGCAACAAUUUUUCUAAGGUGAAGGUAAUUGAGCUCGUUGAUAAAAACAUUUCUGGGAUAAUUUCAUCAUCAAUCUUUCAUUUGCCAAAGAUUGAGACUAUCAAUCUUUCAACCAACAAAUUCUCUAGUGAAAUUCCUGGUGAGAUGGCUUUUUCUGUGUCACUUCGAUAUCUUAAUCUUAGUGAAAACAAUUUGACUGGUGCAAUUCCAAACUGUUCAAUUUCAUUGGAAAUAUUGGAUCUUUCAAAUAACAAGCUUUCAGGGAAAAUUCCACCACAAAUUGGAGUAGUAUGUUCAAAUUUAAAAGAAGUUGAUCUUGGUGGCAAUCAUUUGGUAGGGAGAAUUCCAAGCUCCAUAUCAAAUAUCAGCAGUUUGCAAGCCUUGACUCUUGCUUGUAACGAAUUGAUUGGCCAAAUUCCUCGUGAAUUAAGCAAAUUGAAGAGCAUGAAGUGGAUUUACUUUGGCCAUAACCACCUUUCUGGUGAAAUUCCCCAAGAACUUGUUAAUUUAGUUUCUUUGAAUCAUCUUGAUCUUGUCCACAACAAUCUCAGUGGACAAAUUCCAUCCUCGCUAGGAAACCUCACCAAUCUUCAAUACCUCUACCUCUACAAAAACAAGCUUACAGGUUUGCUUCCUCGAUCCAUUUUUGGCCUCAAAAAGCUUGUCGAACUUGAUCUUACUGAAAAUCAUUUAUUUGGUGAGAUCCCAGAACUCAUAAGUGAGUUGCAGAGCUUGGAGAUUCUUCAUCUUUUCUCCAACAACUUUACUGGUAAAAUUCCAAAUGCUCUAGCAUCUUUGCCUCGUCUUCAAGUGGUUGACCUUUUCUCAAACAACUUGACAGGAGAAAUUCCUUCUUCAAUCUGCAAUAUAAGUUCCGUCGAAGUUCUAAGCCUAUCUGAUAACAACUUAAGUGGAAUAAUUCCACCAUGUCUAGGAAACUUCAGCAAAUAUCUUACAAUCUUAGAUCUACAGAUGAACAGUUUUCACGGAACCAUCCUUGAAACGUUUGGUGAGGACUGUGGGUUGAGGUAUCUCAAUUUAUAUUGCAAUAAAUUGCAAGGGCCUUUACCACUAUCCUUGGCCAAUUGUAGAAGCUUGGAAAUGAUUGAUAUUGGUGAUAACAAGUUAAAUGGCACAUUCCCCUAUUGGUUGGAAACUCUACCAGAAUUACAAGUUCUUGUUUUACGGUCAAACAAUUUGUGUGGUGUCUUACAAAGUUCCAAGACCAUCCAUCUCUUUCCCAAGUUACGGAUUCUUGACCUUGCUAACAAUGAAUUCACUGGUCCUUUUCCAAAAGGUAUGAUAAAAAACAUGAUGGCCAUGAUGAAUUUCAGCAAAAGACAAAAUUCUUUGCAGUAUAUGCAAGGAAGACUUUAUUUUUAUGAUGUCAAUUUGAAAGUGAAAGGAUUUUACAUAAGACUUUCCCAUAUCCUGACAAUAUUGACGAGCAUUGAUCUCUCAAACAACAACUUUCAUGGAGAGAUUCCAAAUGUUAUUGGGAAUCUUAAUUCACUUAAAGGGCUCAACCUUUCUCAUAACAGUUUUAGUGGUCAUAUCCCCAUAUCAAUAGGAAAUCUGACCAAUCUAGAAUGGUUAGACCUCUCUUCAAACAAGCUCACCGGUCAAAUUCCUGACCAAUUGAAAGAUAUGACAUUUCUUGCCUGCUUAAAUCUUUCACAUAACCAACUCACAGGACCAAUUCCUCAAGGCAAACAGUUCAGUACAUUUGAAAAUGGCUCAUAUGAAGGAAACUUGGCACUAUGCGGUUUUCCGUUGUCAAAGUCUUGCAACAAUGAUAGGAGAAACCAAUCACCCCCAUCUUUCUUCAAAGAGGCAGAUGACUCAGAGACCAAGAUUAAUUUUGGUUGGAAAGUUGUGUUGAUAGGCUAUGGAUGCGGACUGAUAGUUGGACUCGUUGUUGGAUAUGUUACAUUCAGAAAUGGUGAACCAAAAUGGUUUGUGGCAUUGUAUGGAGUCAAAUAUCAUCGAAAGGGACGAAGAUGCUCACGAAACUAG